UGACAAAAACACACACUCUCUCUUCUGAAAGCAAGCAACAAAGAGAAACUGUUUCUCUCUCUCUCUCUCUCUAACCGUGAAAAAGAAAAAGAAGCAAAACAAGAAAUUCACUCAGACACACACAGUUUCAUUCUUUUAGCAACAUCCAUGUCUUCGGAUAUAGGCUAGAACAGCUGAGGUGCUUCCCUUCCCUGCAUGUUUCAUGAAAAUUUGCAACGUUCGUGUCAUGGGUUUGGUGGAUUCUGGUUUUGCAACAAUUGUCAAUCAUUUGAGAAACUUGUGAAGAAGAAAAGUUGGAAGCUUGGGUUGAAGUGGAAGAUGGUGGUGAUGGGUAGGGAUCGGUUGCUAUUGCAGACGGUUGGACCGCCAUUAAAACGGCGAGCAGGGAUGCGGAGGAAGCAGGCUGGAAGAGGGUCUUAUAGGGGAAGCUAAGGCAACGGUGGUGUUGUGGGAAUUGGAGGGUUUUUGUUGUUGUUGUUGUUGGUUUUUAUUUGGGAGGAGUGGUUAACAACCCUUUCUUCAGGGUGUUUAUGUUUUGAUUUUGUGAAGAAGAAGAAGAAGAAGAAGAUGAGUACCAACUUGCACCAACUACUUAGAAGCCUUUGUUUGGAUACUGAUUGGAAGUAUGCCAUCUUUUGGAAGCUCAAACAUUGUGCUCGGAUGACCUUGACAUGGGAGGAUGCUUACUAUGAUCAUCCUGAUAAUUAUGACUCUUUCAAAAAUAAGUGCUGCCAGAAGACCUUGGAGCAGAUUGGCAGUGGGGAUUUUUCGCAUGACCCUCUACGGUUAGCUGUGGCAAAGAUGUCAUAUCAUGUAUAUUCGUUAGGGGAAGGUAUUGUCGGACAGGUAGCUGUUACCGGAAAGCAUAGAUGGAUCUGUGCAGAUACUCAAGUUACAAGUUCUGGCCCAUCUUUUGAGUUUGCUGAUGGGUGGCAAUCUCAGUUUUCUGCUGGAAUUAGGACCAUUGUUGUUGUAGCGGUAGUCCCACUUGGAGUUGUUCAGCUUGGCUCUUUAAAUAAACAGGUUAUUGAAGAUAUAGGGGUUGUAACUCAUAUCAAAAGUCUUUUUUUGUCUACUCAAGAUUACACAAUAGGCUAUGUUCCUAGUCACGUACAAAAUAGUGUCAGGAAUUCAUCAUCUCUGGUAACCUUUGCCUCCACUUCUCUCUGUCUGGAUGUAUCCAUGAAAACUUUGUCGUCAGAAGUUAUGCCUACUUGCUUACAUGAUACAGAGAAAACCAUGACGAGUGAAACACUGGAUAUUUUAAUGCCCGUUCAAUUUUCUGGGAAGAACUAUCCACCUCAUGCUGUUUAUCAGAAAAUGACUGCUGAUGUGGCCAAGCAUGAGGGGCCGGAAUUUAACAGUGACAGAAGUUCCAUUUUGCUUCAGCCGAUGUCAAACAUGAUGAGCAUGGAACAUCAGAAAUUUGGAGGGAACAAUAGUGGCUGGAAAGAUACAAGUUUGGAAUCAGAAAAAAGUGUCUCAUCAUUUCUACACAAUUUGACUAUGGAUAAUAAUAGCAUCAAUGCUUUAAUAAGUCCGUCAGAAAAAGUUGGAACUACAUCUGCAUACUUCCCUUCAGACUUUCUUGAUGCAGUUGUUUGUGAAAGUGAUAAGUUACAUCAUGUAGAUAUCAACCAUAUAGGGGUGUUGAAUGUGCCCAGACCUUCAGAUGCAAACUCCCAAAAAGAUACUCAGAAGUCAAAGCUUCAGACUGAGCCUUGUUACAAGGAUACCUCGUACACGUUGAAGUUCCCUGCUGGCUAUGAGCUACAUGAAGCUCUUGGACCAGGUUUUCUGAAAGGGAGUAAAUAUUUUGAUUGGGCGGCACAGGCAAAUCAAGAUGUUAAAACUGUUGAGAUGUCAGACGAGAUUAGCUGUAGCCAAUUGACUUCUGAAUCUCGUCCGGAGCAUCUUUUGGAAGCCAUGCUGGCUAAUGUUUGCCAUAGUAAUGAUAAUGUUAACGAGUUAUCUUUUUCUACAUCAAUGCAGUCUGCAAUGGCAUCAAGAAGAAAUCCUGAAGCCUCUGUGCACACUAUUAAUUCAGAAGGCUAUUCAAUAGAUCAGACCUCUGAUGUCAGAGAGGAUAAACACCAUAGUUUGAGUUCAUCAGGGAUAUGUGGUGUGCUAUCCUCCAAAGGUUUUUCUUCUGCAUGUCCUAGUUCAUGUAGUGAACAGUUUGAGAGAUCUUCUGAACCAGCUAAGAACAGCAAGAAGAGGGCUAGGCCUGGGGAAAGUUGUAGGCCUAGACCAAGGGACAGACAAUUGAUCCAAGACCGUAUCAAGGAGUUGAGAGAACUGGUGCCAAAUGGAGCAAAGUGCAGCAUUGAUUCACUACUGGAGUGCACAAUAAAGCACAUGCUCUUUCUCCAGAGCAUAACUAAGCAUGCUGACAAGCUAAAUAAAUUUUCUGAUACAAAGACAAAGUUGCAGCACAUGGAAAAAGACAAUCUUGGUUCCUCUAGCUAUCAACAGGGUUCAAGUUGGGCAAUGGAGGUAGGAGGCCAUCUAAAAGUUCGUUCAAUACUAGUGGAGAAUCUUAGUAAGAACGGGCAGAUGCUUGUUGAGAUGUUGUGUGAGGAAUGCAGCCAUUUUCUUGAGAUAGCAGAAGCCAUAAGAAGCUUGGGUCUGACAAUUUUGAAUGGUACAACAGAAGAUCAUGGUGAGAAGACAUGUAUAUGUUUUGUGGUCGAGGGCCAAAACAACAGAAAUUUACACAGGUUGGAUAUCUUGUGGCCGCUUGUUCAAUUACUGCAAUCCAAGGGCACAAAGUUUUCAUAGUAAUUGUUUGAUUCUUGGAAACUUCUAAGCUUCUGCAUUGACUGCUGUAACUCGAUUUUUGAAAUGAUAUGCUCAAUUUGUUAUGUUUCCUCCCCUCCUCCCCGCUUGUCCCAACAAAGCAAAUAGUAGCUUGAAGAAAAGGAAACUACCCUUACAAUUGUUGGGACCUUUAUCUAUCAUAAGAGACUUUAUAGUGUGUCAAGACUUGCUUUUUUUUUUUUUUUUCUCGUGUUCAGGUUGAAAUGUUUCCGGGAUUGUCAUUUGUUUAAAUGCUUGAUAUCAAAAAUAACAUAAUACUUUGUUUUACUUGUUAUAUU